AACUGACAAUCAGCCAGUCAGUCACCGAACGCACCGCGAACGGUCAAGACUUGUCGCGAAACUAGUUUGCUCUAUAUUCGUAUACCGCGCCCGCGAAGUUUUGAGCAUGUGAGCAAAAGUGUUUUAAACAAAAAUGUUUUCGAGUGUUUUUUCAUUGUCAUUCUUGAUAGUUUCAAUUAAUGGAUUUGCGCUGCCCUUCGAAGGAUUAUAUCAGCUGGAUAUAAUACACUACAAUGACUUCCAUGCCAGAUUUGAAGAGACGUCGGUAGCAACACCAACAUGCCGGUUCAACAACAACUCCUGCUUGGGCGGGUUUCCUCGUCUCUACCACGAGAUCCAGGUCUUGAUGGAGGAGAAGCCAGAUUUCGUUCUACUAAAUGCUGGAGACAGCUUCCAAGGAACAUACUGGUACACGCUUCUGAAGUGGAACAUCACAGCCAUGUUCAUGAAUAUGCUGCCCCAUGAUGCUCAUGCGAUAGGAAACCACGAAUUCGACGACGGCCCGGAAGGCCUGGCGCCGUACCUCUCAGGUCUGAAUGCACCAGUCGUGGCUGCGAACAUGGACUCCUCAGAGGAGCCGGCCCUCCAGGGACUCUACAAGCCGCAUGUUGUGAUCGAGAGGAAGGGCAGAAAGAUCGGCAUCAUCGGACUGAUCACUGUUGACACUGAGAAACUGUCGACCCCGGGCAAAGUAAAGUUCACGGAUCCCCGCGAGGCGACUCGGCGAGAAGCGCAGACCUUGACCGACAAGGGAGUGGACAUUAUCAUACUGCUCUCGCAUUGCGGACUUGAUGUUGAUAAGGAGCUCGCCCGUGACUUCGGGGAGCACAUAGACAUCAUAGUCGGCGGUCACACACACUCUUUACUAUGGAACGGACCUUCUCCCAGCGGGGAACCGGUAGCUGGACCCUAUCCCAUCUUCGUGGAAUCCGCGGUGGAUAAGAAACAUAAGACAAUGAUCGUGCAAGCAUCAGCGUUCACCAAGUACAUGGGGAAUCUGACGUUGUUCUUCGACUUCCGAGGAGACCUGGUCAAAUACGAGGGCGGUCCUAUAUUCCUGGACCGAUCUAUCGCUGAAGAUGCUGAAAUAAAAGUAAAGCUAGCGCCGUACGCGGAAAUAGUUCACAAAGCUGAAAACGUGCCUAUUGGGGAGACCAAGACGUCCCUAUCUUUUGAGGACUGCGUUUUUGGGGAAUGCGCUUUGGGAGAUGCACUGGUCGACUCACAGAAUGAUUACGCCAAGUCGAAAGUAAAAUCAAGUCUGGAUUUCUUGUCGUUUAUCCAACGAGGGAACAUAAAGUCGUCCAUUCCUCAAGGCACAAUCACAGAAGGUACGCUAUUCGAGCUGUUACCGUUCAACGAUCGAAUGGAGACCUUCGAGCUGCAGGGCAAGUGGGUGCUGGAAGCCUUGGAGAGAAGCGUGAGGGACGCCUGGGCCAACCACCCCUUUAAAGGACCCUGGGUGCUGCAGGUUUCGGGUCUUCACGUGACAUACAACGUGUCAAAACCGGAGGGGCAUCGGGUGACGUCCGUGACAAUCGGCAACAGUGGCAGUGGAAUUGACAGCGAGAAGUUCUAUCAAGUCACGGCACCAGCUUACCUGGCUGGUGGAGGGGAUGGAUAUACGAUGUUCAAAGAAAACAAGAAGAACGUGCAAGUGAUCGGAAGAGACCAGAAGAUAUUUGAGACGUACAUCAGGAAGAAUUCGCCGCUACACGUAGUCACUGAUGGAAGAAUUAAAAUUAUAGAAGACUAAUAGUUUUAGUGAUAUUAAUUAAAAUUUGUUAGGCACAUCAUAAAUGAUGUUAUUUUUGUGUUUUGUUAUGAAUUUUUUUCAUAAUACAAUAGCCAAAUGCCAUGGCUGCUAUUUUUAUUUAUGCAUUUUAUGUCCUCGAUUCAAUAUUGUAGUAAAAUAAAUGUUUCUUUCUCGGCCUCUCGCGACACAUACUAUCUAAAUUAUAUUGAACAUGAAAAGUCCUGAAAUAGUGUACCUGUGUAAGGCACGAGAAGGCAGGUAGUCAAUAGACACACUAGUCUCUUCGAAUACUGGAUCAAAUCUAGACGAACUUCUGGACAAAGAUUGAAGAUAAGACACACACACAAUGGACAAAUAGGUACGAAAAAGAGAGUAGCUCUAACUUGCCUACUGACAAUAAAAUAUUCAGAGUUCCUGUAA